ACGGGGUGGAGCGUGAGGGCUUGUGUGCACAUCCCUCUUCCUCCGGGCCCCGAGUGUCCCCGUGACGAGGCUGCACCGAGCAGCCGCGGGCCGGGCCCAUCCCGCCGCAGCAGUCCCAGGGCGCAGUAGAGGUGAGGCGGGUGGGAGCCGGCAGCGCACUGAGAGCCCCAGAACGCCGUCAGCUACAAUGGGUGUCUGUCAAGUGGGGACAAGGGCCGCCGCCGAAGCCGCCUGGCACUGAGCCGCCGGCCACAUGCCAACGGAGUGAAGCCAGAUGUCAUGCACCACAUCUCCACACCACUCGUCUCCAAGGCCCUGAGUAACCGAGGCCAGCAUAGCAUCUCAUACACACUGUCCCGGAGCCACUCCGUCAUAGUGGAGUACACACAUGACAGCGACAAAGACAUGUUCCAGAUUGGCCGCUCUACUGAAAACAUGAUUGACUUCGUGGUAACGGACACAUCUCCUGGCGGAGGGACUACGGAGGGCCCUUCUGCCCAGAGUACCAUCUCUCGCUAUGCCUGCCGAAUCCUCUGUGACCGCCGGCCACCCUAUACUGCCCGCAUUUAUGCUGCUGGUUUUGAUGCCUCUAGCAACAUCUUUCUUGGAGAGCGGGCAGCCAAGUGGAGGACUCCUGACGGUCUGAUGGAUGGCUUGACAACCAAUGGGGUCCUGGUGAUGCACCCAGCGGGUGGCUUCUCUGAGGACUCUGCCCCGGGUGUCUGGAGGGAAAUUUCCGUUUGCGGGAAUGUGUACGAACUUCGGGAUAGCCGAUCAGCUCAGCAGCGGGGGAAGCUGGUGGAAAACGAAUCCAACGUCCUGCAAGAUGGUUCGCUCAUCGACCUGUGUGGGGCCACACUGUUGUGGCGCACUCCGGCAGGGUUGCUGAGGGCACCCACCCUGAAACAACUGGAGGCCCAGCGACAGGAGGCCAACGCAGCACGGCCCCAGUGUCCUGUGGGCCUCAGCACCUUGGCCUUCCCCAGUCCAGCCCGUGGCCGCACAGCACCCGACAAGCAGCAACCCUGGGUCUACGUCCGUUGUGGUCACGUCCAUGGCUAUCAUGGCUGGGGCUGCCGGAGGGAGCGAGGCCCCCAGGAGCGCGAGUGUCCUCUCUGCCGCCUUGUGGGACCCUAUGUGCCCCUGUGGCUCGGCCAGGAGGCCGGUCUCUGCCUGGACCCUGGGCCACCCAGCCACGCUUUUGCGCCCUGUGGCCACGUCUGUUCUGAGAAGACUGCCCGCUAUUGGGCCCAGACACCACUGCCGCAUGGCACCCAUGCUUUCCAUGCGGCCUGCCCCUUUUGUGGGGCUUGGCUCACUGGAGAGCUUGGCUGUGUCCGCCUAAUUUUCCAGGGGCCACUGGACUAGGCUAUCCAGGGUCCUUGAUGCCAUGCCCGCCUGCCCACCCAGGUCCCCCACCUCCUGCUGUUCGGAGGGAGCUCUGCCUGCUGGCAAUAACCACACCAGUUGGAUGCAUUGGAUGGGCUGUGGUCCUCCCCUCAACUCUAAGAGGGUCCCUGAGAUCUCUAUCCCAGUCAUACUGAUAGGGACUUUAGCACCAGCUCUGCCCCAGGCUUUUGGAGGGUACCCCACGCCCCUGUCCUCCCUGGGGUACCCUACAUCAUGCCACGUACACUGUGCCCCUGGGGGAAUGAAGAGGCCAUGGCCCCUGACUUCCAGCUUAGACCGUUGUGCCCUGAACCUGCCAGUCCCGUUACAGCUAUCCCUCCCUGCUGCUGCUGCCGUGGGUUACUCUAUAAACCUUGCUGCUCGGCUGCCCUUAAAGAUACACGUGUCCCGAAUGCAUGCAAUACCUCCAGCCCCCAGCGAGUAAGUAACAAGCAGACAGGCAGGCUGCCAUCAGCAUUUGCUGACUUCCAGUACAGGCAGGAUAGUGACAAGUGGGGGACACAUGGGCAGUCAGGUUCUCUACCUAGUGCAGUUCACAGCCUAGCGAGGGGUGUACAGCUUCAUGUUUACUUGGAUCAGGGAAUUCUAGGGCUAGAGAACAGCUCUUUCUGGGUUUGGGAAAGUAAGAGGCUUUAUGGAGGGGUAAAACAGGAGUUCAGCCUCCAUGGUGGCUUGGAACCUUCCAGGCCCACGAGGUAAGAGCUCAGUACCCUCUUGGCACAGGUUCAGGGUAAAGAAGCGAGGGUGGAGGAACAGUUCAAGGGGGCAUGGGGUGUGGCUACGCCUGGUGGUGAAUUCAGAUCCUCAUUUAUGGACAGUUGGGGUCACGGUCGGGGGAGGGUUCCACAGCACCGCCUCUGAUACAAGGGCUACCAUUGCUGAGUGUCACUGUGUGCCCACCCCGUCCUAACUAGUUACAGCGGCAUUCGCUAGGUACCAGGGCUCUGCUUCUCCAAGAUCUGUCAUUCAAUCCUCACAGUGAUCCAAGAAGGGAGAUGUCCCGACUUGGGUUCUUAGAGAGAGAAUUAUAAUCUAGCUGGAAGCUGUUAUCAGAAGCCAGGACUGCCCCUGUCAGAUCACACUAAGGUUAGGUAAGACUGAGGCAAGGCAGGUUAGAGUCCAUCUCAUGGAAAAGCUGAAGAACAGAUAGGUAGAUACGCACUUGCUCAGUGCCUGGUGCCACAAGAGGCCCGGCAGUGAGCAAGGGCCUCUAGUUGGAUGUCAGAGGAGGGACUGUAGGAUGAUGUCAUUCUGCAGGUGUAGGCAGCAAGGGACCCAUGGGAUUAUUGCCAGAAGCUGAUUACCACAUCCUGCUGACCAUCUGUACAUGCUGAGGUUGUUCUGAGAACUCGGACGGCCUAAAACCAGAGCCACGUCUUGAAUGGCAGACACUGUAGAGACAGGAUGGAGUUUGAAGGGCAACCAGGGUGAGGGUACUAACACAGAAGGGCAGGGAGAAGGCUUCACAACCAAUAUGCUGGUCAGCAGAAAAAGAAGGGAUCAGGGUUGUAGGCUGGGGCCUGGUGGGCCUUGGUGACUAUGGGAAUCAAAUGUCAGUGCUGAACUCCUCCCUGUUCCUCCUGUGUGAGUCAGGACUUUCUUUGAGCCAAGGGGCGAGCUGGGGUUUUCCCUUGACCAUACAAGGAAAAAUGAACCAGGAAAACAAGGAGGUAGCUCUGAGUGUAGGACCAAUGUUGACCUCAGAGCAAGACAGACACCACAGCCUUAGGGGACAGAGAUUCCACAGGAACAUGCCCAAGGCCACACAGCUGCUGGUUGAGACCAUAAAGACCAGGUGUGCUGUCGACAGGACGGAAGGCAGUCAUCAUGGGGUAGUGUGAGCAUCAUGCAGUGACAGUGGGAAGCGUGACAGAGGAGGAUGCCAGAGUGUGCUGGGAACAUUUCAACCCUACCCCCAAACACAAGAAAUGGAGCUCUGCCCAGUUCUUGCUAAUGAUCCUGUUGGGGUUCGGGCAGGGAACACAUUCUGAUCUCAUCUCUGGUGUUGAAUCUCAGACUCUGGGAGAAAGGACAAACAAACGACACUUGACUGGGCUCUGGGAAGAACUCAGGCUGGUGGUGGAAGCCUGCCCUUGGGGCUUUCGAUUCCAGGAUUGUUCAAUGGAAUCUCUAAAGCCACGCAUGGGGGCGUGUGCUUGUAAUCCCAGCGUUGGUAGGCUAAGGAAGGAGGAUUGUGUGUUCAGGGAUAGCCUGGGCUACAUGGCAAGACCCUGUCUUAAACAAACAAAAACAAAAGGUCUUUUCACUACCAGAUGGAUGUAAACAUACAGAAAAGCCAUGACCCAUUAAAAGAGAAUGUGCUCUGUGUGUGUGUGUGUGUGUGUGUGUGUGUGUGUGUGUGUGUGUGUGUGUGAGAGAGAGAGAGAGAGAGAGAGAGAGAGAGAGAGAAUGAGAGAAUGAAUGUGUUUGUGUUGGUGCAGGAGUUGGAAACUGUUUAGUGGAAGGUCUUAGAAAAUCAAAGGUCCUCUCACCUGUGCAAUUGCUACAACAGUGAUAUGCUAUCUCAGGGUUUUUGCAAGAAUUAAAUGAGAUUCUAUAUGGCAA